AUGUUGCCUCGGACGAAGAUGUCCUCAUCCGUUUUCUCCAAAAAUAGCAAAUUGACUAGCUCCUACAGCACGCCCUGUCUCACCGAGGACGAUCUCGCCUUUAUGCAACAUCUGAAUUGGCCAUAUCAACCUCCGGAUCCCUCUGUCGACCCCGAUCUGCUUCUCGGCAUGGACAUUUGCCUCUACGACCCCUCUGGUAUCUUAAUUCCCGUUAUUAUCCGCUCACGCAUCUUUAUGCAACAACUCUGGAAAUUUUACUCCAAAUGGAGCGAUGAAUUAGGCCCCGAACAUCAACUUGAAUUUGAAAAGCUUUUUUCCGAACUCCAGGACGAAGUCUUGCAGCUCCCGCGCGCCAUCGCCUUCCGCGCUGACAACGAAUCAAUCACAUUAGCGCUUUUCAGCGACGCCUCUAACAACGCCUACGCUUGCGUAGCAUACUUGCGCGUCCAAAGCAAUAGCAAAGUUUAUGUCCAUCAUAUCCGCGCCAACUUUAAAUUAGUCCCUCUUCAUCAUCGUGAUCGCUUCACCACCCCCAAGGUCGAAUUAUUAGGCAUGUAUUUGUCCGCUAAAUCAGCUCGUUUUCUCGUCGCCAAAUUAGACCUGGCUAUCUCCUCCGUCCACUUUCACUGCGACAAUACCGCAGUUCUAGGUUGGCUGCGCAAUCCUCCUACUAAAGUCGGCCCCUUCGUUCGAAAUCGCCUCAGAUACAUCCAUGAAACCGUUUCGCUUUUCGCAGCCCAAGGUCUUAUUAGCGAUUUCCAUUAUGUGGCCACUAAAGAGAACCCAGCCGAUGUAGCAACCCGAGGUUGCACUGGCCGUGAAUUAGUUACCGAUUCCAAUUGGCUUCAUGGGCCUCCCUCCCUCGAGCAGGAUCCUCAAUCUUGGCCCCCCUUCUCUAGCCAACCACCGCCCGAGCCGAAUGACGAUCUUGCGCUCGCCCCAGAUGACCCCAUCGAACCCUCGAACCUAGCUCACUUUGCAAUUCACUCUCAACAAAUUUUGGAUAAUAGCGAUCAACCGAGCGUUUUACCUAUUAGCCGUUUUUCUCAAUUUUCGACGUUGCUUCACGUUACCACGUUUCUGUUGACCUGGCGUCUAUUAGUGCUCCGAAAAUCCAACCGAGCGCUCGGAUCCUAUCGCGAUCUACCGAAAUUAGCCCAUGAUACGAUUAUUCGACAGCAUUACCUCGGUACCAAGCUCGACCUGUCAGCGCUUGGCUCACGCGGUAUCCAUGCGGAUUCGGACGGCAUUUUGCGCCUGCAUACGCGCCUCGGCCGCGCCAAACUCGUUGAUGAUAUGGCAAAACCUAUCUUUAUCCUUCCCAAAAGCCCCCUUCUUCAUCUGCUAAUUAGAGAGGCCCAUAAUAGCGUCUAUCAUUGUGGCGUUAAAGACACCCUCGCUGCUUUUCGCCGCAAAUACGUCACAAUCGGCCUCCGUAAGAAGGUGGAAUCCUAUUUACGCCACUGCGUCCUCUGCAAAAAGUUUAAUGGCAAACCAUAUAAGUACCCUGGAUUAGACCAUCUCCCUUUAGAUCGCGUUUUCAUCCAAGCGCGCCCCUUCAACACCGUGGGAUUAGAUAACUUCUUUUUGACCGUCAAUCAGCGACGCCGAGUCGUCCUUCUUAUCACUUGUACGGUAACCAGGUUGAUACAUUUGGAGAUUAGUGAAGAUUUGACUGCAUUAGCCUUUAUUCAAAGCUUUAAACGAUUUUGCUCCCGGCGUGGCGUUCCCGCAAAAGUCUUUGCCGAUAAUGGCAGUAAUUUUCGCCUUGGUGCCCAGAUUCUUGCCCCCGAGCAGCCCGCGUCUGGGGACUUCGCUCAAAAAAUCGGCUCCUUUAUGGACAAUAGUGGAAUUUCCUUCGUCUUUAUCUCCCCCCUCAGUCCCUGGAAAGGCGGUUUUUGGGAACGUCUCAACCAUAGCAUUAAAACAGUCUUUUACAAAAAUAGCCUCCGUACGAAAGCACUCGCAAAGAUGGACGACGCCUCGUUCCUUACCUUGAUCAUCGAAAUAGAAGGCAUCGUAAAUUCGCGUCCGCUCACGGGCCGCCGUGACUUUGACGAGAUCGUGCGUGCCAUUGAUUUUAUUAGCCCAAAAGCGCUUCUCAACUGUCCGAUCGAUACUUCACCGGACCAUUGGAUUCCCGAAAUUUCCUCGAUCGACCAUGUCAAAUCCCUCCUCAAUAGUUACGAACGCUUUCUCAAAGAAUCUCGCGAAAUUUUUCAAUCCGAAUACCUCCUCGGGCUCCGAACGUACCAUAAACAGCGUUUGAUCAAUACACAAGGAGCUCAUCUUCCUCGCGUCGGAGAUGUAGUUUUCAUUGUGGAGGACAACAAACCGCGUCGUUCUUGGCCAUUAGGCUAUAGCUUGACAAUUCAAUCCCUUCAAUUAAACUCCUACGAUGUACAGCACGAUCGUUUUCUUUUUGACCAAAUAGCCAAUAUUAGUAUUGUUGCCCCUCAAAAAUUCAAGCCAAUCCUCGAAUGUCCGAAUCGUCUUCUGCAGAAUUGCACCUUCAUCGAUCGUUGUACUUGCCUGCCCGCCGAUCAGAGUAUCGCCUGCAACUGCGAUUAUCAUCGUCCUCGCUCGCUCUUCUCUGAUCUGAACCUCGUUCUUCCUCUCACUACACCCGACUACUUGCUGGCCACCGAUGCGAACCAACAGGUCGUCAUGCAACCUCUGCGGUUUGCCGCCUCUUAUUCGCUCGAGUUUACCGGCUUCAGUUUUGAAAGCCAGAACAUGGUCAAUAGCUUACAGGCUGCGCAGGUCCAGUUUAUCUCAUUAGAAGGCUGUUACGACUGUCAACGUGGGGCCAUCGUCUCCCUCCUUUGCCAAGUGAAUAGCACUCGCCCCCUUCCCCUCUACCUGGAAUGCACCAACGCCUUGCAGAGCGCAACUAGACUGCAAUUCUCGGUUCUCUGCGAUCAGCACGGGCUACUCACCAAUCUUCUUUCCAGUACCCCUUCAACCUUCAACGACAACAUGCCGAAGCAAACCGCUCCCAAGCGCAAAGCCAAACCACCGGCGCGCGCUCCCUCUCCCGCCCCCGCUCCCGUCGAGGACAUGGACCUGGACGAAGUCGACCACGCUGCUCCACCUGAUGACCACCUGUACUUGGAGUUGGACGACGACGUUCUUCUCGCCGAUGAGCCAUUAGCCGAUGAGCCAUUAGAUGAAGAUGAAUUAGUCGAUGCGGCCAUUCCCGAGGCGCCUCCCGCAGUGCGUCCCGCCCCUCCUUUGUUUGAUCCUCGCGCUGCACCGGCCGCGCCAUUAGUUCCGGAUCAUCAAGAGGGCGCUCCUCCAGCUGUCGCUCCUCCGCCGCCUCCACCAGGAUUCGCUCCCCUUCAACCGGCAGCCCCGGCAUUAGUUCAGCUCCCCCCUGCCGUCGGUCCGCUGGCGCCUGCUCCGGUCGUUCUUGCCCCAGGUUACGUGCAGAUCUCGAGGGAGCAAUUUGAAGCCUAUCAGGCCCAAGUCCGAGCCAAUGAACGCCGUCGAGCUCAGGAGAAUCAGCGCCUUCAGGAGCAAAGGGCGUAUAUUCGCCAACAUGGACACCCCCGGAUCACGUUGGCCACCCCGGAAAAUGAGGGUUUCGGAAUUAGUCCACGCGAAGAAGCCAACAUCAGACAAGAACGUGGAACCUGUAUCGGCUGCUCCGGUAAUCACGGAAUCCGUGAUUGUUUGGUUUUCGCUACAGCCACCGAGCGUAACGCUCUAUUAGUCGUCCGCGACAUCUGCAGAAAUUGUCUCAGUCAUACCCUCACCAAUAGUCGAUGUCGCUCGGGCCCAAAGUUGUGCGUCUGUUGCUGCCGAGAAAACGACGAUCUGGAGGCCGCCAAGCACAAUACAGUGUUGUGCCCCCUGUUUUUUACGCCGCGCCGUGCCGUGUACGAAAAGCUGAAGAAGUACCGUCCAUCGUCUCCAGAUGGAACCGCCUUCCAACAACAGCGGCGCCGCCAAGCG